CACUCCCUCAAGACUCAGGACAGGCCAUCAAGAUGGGUGCCUACAAAUACAUUGGCGAGUUGUACAAGAAGAAGCAGUCGGACGUCCUCCGUUUCCUCCUCCGUGUCCGCUGCUGGGAGUACCGUCAACUCAACGUUAUCCACCGCGCUUCGCGCCCCUCGCGCCCUGACAAGGCCCGCCGUCUCGGAUACAAGGCGAAGCAGGGAUACGUGAUCUACCGUGUGCGUGUCAGGAGAGGAAACAGGAAAAAGCACGCCCCCAAGGGUGCUACCUACGGAAAGCCCGUUCACCAGGGUGUCAACCACCUCAAGUUCCAGCGUGGCUUGAGGAGUGUGGCGGAGGAGCGCGUUGGUAGGCGAUGCGGGAACUUGCGUGUGUUGAACUCGUACUGGAUCAACCAGGACGGUGUGUACAAGUACUACGAGGUUAUCCUCGUAGACCCCAACCACAAAGCGAUCCGCCGUGACCCCAAGAUCAACUGGAUCACCGCACCUGUGCACAAGCGCCGUGAGGCUCGUGGCCUUACCAGCAUUGGCAAGCAGAACCGUGGUCUCGGCAAGGGCAGCCGUUACAACCACACGCCCCGGGUAUCCACCUGGAAAAAGCACAACACCCUCAGCCUCCGUCGCUACCGGUGAACGUGUUGUCCGCGCUCUGUUCUUCAUGUCGUUUCCUUGUGUGCUUUUAUCAUCCAUGUUUUCCAUGCUCGUUAUGCGUGUAUGUCCAUCCUGCGAGCUGUCCUAAAACAUUGCUCGCACAUUGCAUCAAUUUGAG